AUGUCAUUCGGACUGGAGAAGGUAGUCACGUCUGAUGAGGUGGAGCUCCCAGCGGGCCACAUAGCAGACAUACAGACCAGCUACAAGUACCUUGGCGUCCCACAGUCACAUGGAAAACACAAUGAGGAGAUACCCUGCCGGUAUAGUGAGCUGGCAAAGGAGGACAUGGAGGCUGCCGAUGUGAAGACCCAGAAGCUCCUCACAAUGCAUGGAGGUUUCCACCCCAAGUCCAACACCCAGAGACUGUAUACCAGCCAGAAAGAAGGCGGGCGGGGCUUGGUGAGCGUCAAAGCCACUGUCCUGGACGAAACCCGAAGCAUCCAGGAGUACAUCAAUAUCUGCAGCUCCAAGGCCACUUGUAUCAACACCAUCGGGAGCUACCGGUGUAAGUGCUGGGCCGGCUACGUGCUCUCCACCAGGAACUCAACCAUGUGUGAAGGGCUUUUCCUUUCCUGUCCCCAGAACAUGACUCUCUGUUUCAAUGCCCUCCUGAACAGCACCUCCCUCUGGGACAGCAGACACGGACAGGGGUCGGCCGUGACCGUCCUGCUGCAGAGCGUGGAACUGGCUGCACUGGCCACUGCUCUCCGGUCUCUGGAGAGGACAACACAGAACGUGACGACAGAGUCUCUGGCUAUCCAGAAGUGGCUCGUCACAGGGAACUGCAGCCAGCACAGCGAAGUCUUCAAGCUGAGAGCUCACGAGGAGACGAUGGACGUGCACUGUGAUGCAGUCACUGGGGUAGCCACACAAGCAGGUUUGGAGACUGCUGCUUUUAUUUCCUACUCCAUCCUGGACUCCAUCAUCAGUGCAAGACGUCUCAGCGAGGGAAAUCAACCAGGUGGUGGGAAGCUGGAGAAGAGUCACCUCAACUCCAGGGUGGUGAGUGGGGCCGUCGGAGACGGGAGACCCAUUCCCCUCUCCAGAUCCGCAGACUUCACCCUGUGCCACAGACAGGCCAAAAAAGAGGAGGAAGAGGCUCUCUGCAUCUACUGGAAAGUAGUGGCCGAGAGCGGCAGCUGGUCUCCGGAUGGCUGCACCGCCGUGCACAGGAACAGUACUCACACCACCUGCAGCUGUGACCAUCUCUCCAGCUUCGCCGUCCUAAUGGCUCCCAUCGCAGUGACGGAGAGUUCCCCACUGACCAUCAUCACCUACGUGGGACUGACCCUCUCCCUGCUGUGCCUCUUCCUUGCCAUCCUCACCUUCCUCCUGUGCCGCUCCAUCCGCAACGUCAGCACCUCCCUCCACCUGCAGCUCUGCCUCUGCCUCUUCCUGGCCGACCUGCUCUUCCUCACCCCGGUGACCCGCAUCCGCACUCAGCAAUGUGCACCCGCAGGACUCUCCAGAAACCAAGGGCUGAAAAAAGGCAGUAAUCCCAUUAAAGUCACUUUCUUCUUCCUCCCUGUCUGUAGCUGCUGGCUCAGCCUGGAGAGAGGCUUUCAUUGGAGCUUCCUGGGUCCAGUCUGUGCCAUAAUCCUGAUAAAUAUAAUGUUCUUUGUGCUGACCCUGUGGAUCCUGAGAAACAGACUCUUCUCCCUCAAUGCAGAUGUGUCCACUGUCAGAGACCACAGGUUACUGACCUUUAAAGCCAUCGCCCAACUCUUCCUUCUGGGCUGCACAUGGAGCCUUGGUCUCCUCCAAGUCGGCCCAGCAGCCAUGGUCAUGGCCUAUUUAUUCACCAUCGUCAGCAGCCUGCAGGGAGCCUUCAUCUUCCUGGUGCACUGUCUGCUCAAUGGCCAGUCACAUGGAAACCACGAUGAGGAGGCAAGGAAGACAGCAACAUCCAAAUAUCAUCAAAGGAUAAGACAGGUCCUGAAGAGCCAGCGCAGUGGGAAAAACAAGAUCCACACCAUUAACAGAUACGCCCUGCUGGUUAUCAGAUACCCUGCCGGUAUAGUGAGCUGGUCAAAGGAGGACAUGGAGGCUGCCGAUGUGAAGACCCGGAAGCUCCUCACAAUGCAUGGAGGUUUCCACCCCAAGUCCAACACCCAGAGACUGUAUACCAGCCGGAAAGAAGGCAGGCGGGGCUUGGUGAGCAUCAAAGCCACUGUCCUGGACGAAACCCGAAGCAUCCAGGAGUACAUCAGAAGAGAAGCACUCAUCACUCAGGAAAUGUAUCACCUCAUGGGCAUAUGUGUGGCACCAGAAAUACGAGCAGCCCUGGACCGCAUAAGAAUUGGCGCUGGUGAUAGUGAGCUGGCCCUAAUGGCCACCUUUGGAGAACAGAUAGGCAGGAGAAAUUUUAUUGCCCAAGCUGUGGCUUCUACUCAGGACACUAACGAAGAUCCUGAAGAAUCUCACCCGGUGGGCCCUAAUGCAGAUUAUGGCUGGUUUAGUAACCAUACCCGCUAA